UCAGAAAAUAAUUUGCGGAUAAAAAUAUAUAAUGCGUGUGCAAAAAUAUUUUUGUUUUUGCUAAAUUUCAACGGUGGCAAUGAUGUUUUCGUGUUUCUUUGAGCAACAUAUGUAUGUUUUUGUUUUUGCACAAGUUUAAACAGCGUAAAUAACUGAGAAGAAUUCAUAUAUAUUUUUAUAAUACAAUUUUAUAAACAAUGGAAGAAAAGAAAAGAUACGCUUGGAAAAAUGAGGAAUUAUUACAUUUGCUUGUAAUAUUGAAGCAGCAAAAUGUCGUUGAACUAUUAAAUGGGAAAAAGAAAAAAAGUAAAGCAAUUUUUUCUGAUAUUACCGAAAAACUACGACAAAAGGGUGUUAACAAAACUAGAGCUCAAGUUAAAACAAAAUUUCAAUCCCUUAAGUUUCAAUACAACAAAAUAAAACGUAAUAAUUCCACAAACGGAGUUGACCGUCAAACAUUGCAAUAUCUUGAAAUGUUAGAUGAAAUUUUAUGCAAUGCCAGUGUUGUGAGCAAAGACGAAACAGAUUCCUCAGUUGUAAACAAUAAAAAAAUAAAAAUUGAUCAUUUUCCUGCUGCACAUAGCAACCACGGUUUAGAAGCAACAGAAGAAGCCACAAGUGCACUCCAGAAUUCAAAUGAAGACAGCAAUUGUAUAUUAAAAAAAUAUUGCAUUACAGAAAUGAAAAAUAUGAAUGAAUUUAUACUGAAAGAGAUCAAGAAACGGGAUGAAAACUAUCAAAAAACCUUCAAGUCCAUUUCCGAAAAAGUUUUAAAAGAAAACUUAAAAGUAACGGAAACAAUUUUGGAAAGAGGUCGACAGGAGACAGCUGCUAUGAUGAAUAUUUUUUUAAAUUCAAUGAAGAAAGGACAUCAUAUCAAUUUAUUACAACCUAUUGUUUCUACUACAUCCCAAUCAUCCUCAACUAAACUUUCGCCAUCACCGCCUCAUUUGUCACCUUCGAAGAAUUAUUCACCAUGGCAACCGUGUGCAGAAACAAUUUUACCAUAAAAAUGUUUAAUUUUUAGUUAAGUUCAAUUCUUUUUCUU